UGAUGAAACUGUCAAACCACUUUUUCCCUCUGCUCUUUUAAAGACCACUGUCACCUCACCCCCUCACUAUCUCUGUGCCUGCUUUUUUGACUUUUAAACGCAAAGCACUGAUAUUCAUGCUCACAGUCAGUUUCACAACUGCAGCGUGAACAGGCAAGACAAAGGAUAAACCAUCAGUUUGCAUCCACUACCCAACUUAACAGCAACAUGUUUCUGUUGAAUAUUUGCCUCUAUUCCAGCCUCGUGCUGUCCCUCCCUCAGUGUACGUAUCAAUCAUGCGUAGAGGGGACACCCAGACAGUGCCUGGAUGCAGAAUUUGCUCCAGGUACCAAUUUGGCUGGUGAAGGCUUUGAUAUCACCAAAAUGGAACGUAAAGGAGCCUUUGUUCUCGACAUGAAUCAGUGGAAACACAAGGACAAAACGUGCACCCUUUGUAGCAACCCCUAUCUGGAAAACAAAAAGCAAAAGCUCCCCUUGUCAGUGGUGGACUGGAGACCAAAGCAGUCCUGCAGCAUGAAAGUGGCCAGUACACUCCACCGAUCCAGUGAGUCUGUGGUCAGUUCCAGCACCUCUUCUGUGGAAAACAACUGGCAGGUCAAUCUAGAUGUUAAUGUGGGUGAAAAAGGCGGCUCAGUGAUGCUAGCUGGUACCCAUUCUAAAUUGGCUGAUUACUCCAUGGAAAGAACAAAGAAUGACAAGUUCAGCUUCACAAGCCACAGCAUGUCCUGUGAGUUCUACAGCUACAGAGUGACCGGCACUCCCAAGUUGCACAGAGAAUUUCAAAAAGCAGUGAAACAGCUCCCCAAAAUCUACAGCCCUGAAUACAAGAAACGAUUUUACAAACUGAUUGACAACUUUGGCACCCAUUAUGUUACCAAGGUGAAAUUGGGAGGAAGUGUUCUAUCUGUGACCAGCAUCAGGCAGUGCCAGGCCAGCCUGCAGGGCCUCAGCCUGGAGGAGGUAGAAAUGUGCCUGGAAGUUGAGGCGUCCGCCAGCAUUAAAGCUACAAUAAAAACUCAAGCAAAACACUGCCAGAAGGACAUUAACAAGAUGGAAAGUAAGACAUCCUUCUCCAGCCUCUUCAAUGAUAGGUUCACAGAAAUAAAAGGGGGUUAUACCACUGAGCCAGACCUUCUUUUCUCUGCCGACAAAGAUCCAUCAGCCUACAAAGAAUGGCUUAACUCACUACCACAGAACCCAGACAUAGUCUCAUAUUCCCUGGAUUCGCUUCACGAAUUACUGCCUACUAACACCCCUGUCCGUAAGAACCUGCGCUCAGCCAUUAGCCAUUAUAUCCUGGAGAAAGGCUUGUGGAAGAACUGCACUGACCGCUGUCAGGCUGGCAUCAAGAGCGACCCAAGGGAUACCUGUGUCUGCCAAUGCCACAAUGACCCUGCUGUAAACCAAGACUGCUGCCCGACCCGGAAGGGCAUGGCACGGGUCAUCAUAACUGUACAACGGGCUUCUGGUCUUUGGGGAGACCACACCACAGCCACGGAUGGCUACGUGAAGGUGUCCUUCAACGGGCAGAUGGUCCAACGUUCUCCUGUCAUUCACAACAACAACUACCCACGCUGGGCCAUGGUCGUCGACCUAGGCCCCCAGGAUUUGUCAGCGGGAAGUAAAGUGAGAUUUGAAGUGUGGGAUCAGGACAACAACUGGGACGACGACCUGUUGGGAGAAUGUGAGCAGGUCCUCUCUGCUGGAGUCAAGGAGGAUCUCUGUAACCUGCAACAUGGCCAACUAUUCUACAAAUGGGAGGUGAAAUGUGCUCCGAGUCUGAGCGGAGAUUUAUGCAAGGACUAUAAACCUUCGCCUAUGAGUCAAAGUCUGAAGAGGAUGUAUGUGUCCCGUCAUGCACAUCCUGUUCCAAAGGCCAUCCUCUUAGAGAUGGGUGUGUUUGUGGAUGAAACCAGCUCACAGAAAAACCUGAGUCUUAUUGCCCAGACUCAAAAGUUUGAUAUGAUAUAACAGCCAUGCUUGGCUUUACUGAGGCUUAUAUUCAAGGUGUAAGCAACUGUAUUUAGUGUAUUGACGCGUGUAAUCUAAGCAAAAGGCAUCAUCCAUAACUGUCAUCCCUUAUUAAAUCUCUACUGAUCAAUAAAGAUGAGAGGUACAUCAGUUAGGGAAGAAUUGACAAAAUGUUGAGAAAGUGGCUGCAACUCAACAUCAGGAAAAUGUCCUUUUUAUGUCCUUUGUUGAUGUGAUAGAACACCCAUGUUUGGCUUUACGCAUGCUUACAUAGCAACAUUACUCUUUUUAUUAAGGUUAAUUGAAGCAAAACACUUUAUCCAUCCUUUAUUAAAUAUCUACUGAUCACAAUGAAUGAGAAGUAUGUUGGUUGGGGAGAAGGUAUAAUGUGUUGACGGCUGCAACUCAAUUAUGGAAAAAAUGUCCUAAUACUUGGUAUGUUCACUUUGUUUGUUUUGUUUAAUUUACAUUUAAGUCUGCAGUUUACAAUUUCUGUACAUGUGUUUGACAGAGUAUUGUAUAGGCUUUCAGAAAUUAACAUCAGCAAAAGAUUCAGAUGACUGAAAUCUAUUGCUGUUUAAAUAUUCAAAAGAUGUAUAUUCAAAAUGUGAGGUGGGUUGGAUCAGGGUAGGACAAGGAUCGAUUUCAAAGGAUUUGCCCACGACCUGGGUUACUCCCAGCCAGGCCGGGACUAACUAUGUGAUUGGUUGAAAAUGACAGUGCAGCAGUCGUCACAGGUUGCCACACACUUUGAAAAAACAACAUCAAUUUUGUCACACUGUGCUUUAUGCUGGGAUUUCACCAUAGACUGUAUAAAACUAGGAUUUUCACAGGCAGCUUCAACAGCAGCAGAGCAGAGUGAUUCAAUUCUUUUUCAAACAGUCCACUGUCAGUGAGUGCCUGGAUCUUCACUAGUCUGCCUUUUGCAGAGCGGUAGCAGAGUUUUACAGGCAAAACUGCCAAAAGACGGGUUGAACAUUGUCAAACAACCCUGGCCCAACCCCGGUCAGUGGUGUGAAAGAGGUAUAAAUGUUCUUGCUUGAUUUAAUGCAGCUUUUACUUAUAAACUUAUUCAUGCCUUAUUUGCUGUAUAUCUUUUUAUUUACAGAUACAAAAAUAACAUGCUUCAAGAUUGUAUGUUUUGUGAUUGUGCAAUCACAUUGUAGCAUUUUAUUAUCUACUGUAUACAAACAUUUAUAAUAUCUACUAGUGUUUUAUGUAUUUAAAUUAAAUUUUGUGUUAUUGUUUAUUUGUAUCCAUAAUAAAAGCAUAAUAUCUGAA